AUGCAUAUCCUCGCAGAGCCCGAUGUAGCCCGGGUCUUUCGCGUCCUGACAAAGGAGCAAUGCCAUGAAUUCAUCACCGCGCUGGGCGAAGGUCUGGUAGCCAUCUCCGCCGAGUCAAAAUCCACAGUCCCGGCGUCGGAGAAGCUCAUCCACCAACCGCUGCGCACGGCGCUUGUCACCAAAGACCAGAACACAAGCCUGUUUAUGCCUGUCUCCGACACGGCCAGCACAGGGAUAAAAAUUGUCACAGUCAGCAACAGCGGCAUCCGUGGAGUGAUCAAUGUAUUCUCUCCGGAGGGCCGGUUACAGGGCCUCCUGGCCGCCGCAGAGGUGACGGCAUUCCGCACAGCAUUGGCCACGAUGACUUUACUUGUACGCUGCAACAGCCUCCGCAAAGAAAACAUCCUUAUUUUUGGAUCAGGUCGCCAGGCAGAAUGGCAUGUGCGACUCGCUCUCCUGCUCUACCCCGAUCAAAUUCAGCGAGUCACCUUCGUCAACCGCAGCCGCGCGAGACUCGACGAGCUGGAGCACGACGUGAUAGCCGAACUACACCAGCGCUAUCCCAACGUUGAAUUUAUUGCUCUCGCAAAGGAGGGUGAAUCCGACUACGACCAGUUGCUCCUCAAAGAACUGCGUGCAUGCGACGUAAUCUUCAGCUGUACCCCGUCCCUGGAGCCCAACUUCCCCUUUUCCGCGCUUCAGUCUGCGCUCAAGCAGCGCUUUAUCUCUCUGAUUGGCUCUUACAAGCCACAAAUGCACGAGAUUGACACCGAGACUCUGCGCUCUGGCGGGGGCAAGAUCUAUGUCGACUCUAAAUCGGCUUGUCUGGAGGAGUCCGGCGAGUUGAUUACGGCGCAGGUCCGGGAGGACCAGCUCACUGAGAUGGGUGAUUUGCUGGGGUCGCUUAGUCCGUCGGAGGGGAUCUCUGUUCCAGAUGGCUGCAAUGUCAUCUAUAAGUGUGUGGGUAUGGGUCUUAUGGAUCUUGUGGUUGGCAAGAAAGUGCUCGAUGUUGGGGCUGCCCUGGGACUGGGCACGCAUGUCAAGGGAUUUUAA